AAACACAUUCGGCAACAUAAGCCAUGGCCGUUGUCGGCGACCGGGUCCAGUUGAGGAAUUUUCGCUUCAAGGCGUGAGGCGGAAGGAUGGGUCCGCUUCCUGGGCACAGUGGGUGACGAUGGAACUCUUGCCGGAGUGGAGCUGGACCUAGCGGUCGGCAAGAAUUAUGGCUCAAAGAACGGCAUCAGCUACUUCGGCCCCCGCGAGUCAUGGUAUUUUCGUCCGCCCAGACUGGCCGGUGAAGAUCAAGGAUGAGCCUGGCAAGCCCGAGCGUCAGGAGACCAGGGAGCUCGAAGAGCCAGAGCCCAACGGCAGCUGGCAGGGCUCGGCAUGCAGGAGACUCUGAGCCAGGUUCAAAGGCGUCUUGAAACCGUCGAAGGGCGCCACAAGGAGUUGCAGAAAGUUGACGCAAUGAAGCAAUCAAAGCAAAUGUUGCCGGCAGAACGAGCUGCAAAAGCUGCAGAGCAUGUCGCACUUUGAAAAGAAAUCAAACGAAAGCGCUGCAGUUGACCAGCGCAUUGAAAAUGGCUCACAGGGCGGGAUGGCAGCUGCAAGGAAAGACCUGCAGAGAAUGCAACAGCGAGUGCUGGAUUUGGAGGCUGUCAAGGUGGCUGCUUCUGGCUCGCAGAUGGACAUCCAGAAGCUUCAGCAGAGCAUGGCAGAGCUGGAGAAGGCACAUGCCAUCACCAAAGAUGCAGCAGCGCGCCUUGAGGAUGUCGAGCGGCAGCUGCGGCAAAGCACAGCAGCUAUAGAGAUCUGUGAAAGUGGCACGGAAAGCGCGCAUUCUGCUGACAGGCCCCAACUUGAUGCGGGUGAGCUUUCGGAUCGCAUUUUUAGUUUAGAAAAGGGACUUGCAGCAGCGCAUGAUGUGGCAGCUCGGAUUGACAGGCUGGAGCGGCGGCUUCAGACUAGUGACUUUCAUCUCACGGGCACUCUACCUGCAGAACAUAUUGGAAGCGCAGACGUGGUUGCCAGGAUGGAACAUGUUGAGCGUCAGCUUCAGCAGGGCAUGGCAGAAAUUGACCUCGCCAAAGCGGAGGCCUUUGCAGCACGGGAGGAGCUGCACAAGUUGCUGAAUUCAUCCGGAAUUGCCCCGCGAAGUUCAUUCAAAGAGGACAUGGAUGGUAGCCAGGAUGACUCUGUUCACAGGCGCUUGUCGUGCACACUCACGCUCAUGUUUCAUGCAUGCUUUAUUGCAUUUGUUCCCUGCGAUGCGAAGGAGGUCAAGCAUGUCAAGCAUUGGGCGGCUGAACUUGCUGACAUUGACUGUACUGUACAGGCCAGACGCAUAACACUGCCUGUACGUGCUUCAGAUUAUGUGAAUGAGUUGCGGGAGCGCAUGGCAACGUGGGAGAAGACCUUGAUCACCGAGUUGCUCGCCUUGAAGAUGUGAAUGGCGCAACCAAUAACAUGGCAGUCCGGGUGAGGGAAGAUGUAGACAAGCUUCAGCAGAACCUGUCUUUCCUGCGAUGAGCGCGGGCUUGAUGCAACCAACCUUUCAAGACAUGAAGCCAAUGCCGGACGCCAAAGGCGUGAAGCGGGAAGUGCAGAAGCUGCAGCUGCGAGUGAAUGAUACACAGCGCAGCCUGAGCGACAACAAAGCGGCAACGCUGGCCAUCCAGAAGCGCAUGGCGGCCAUGGAAAUCAGCAGUGCCACCGUGGAGAGGACGGCCUGGGUGGGCGCGUUUGAAGCACAGAAGCUCGGACAUCGGGUCCAUGCUCUCCCAGUCAACCAGCGGUCCCGUGCCUAGCCUGCCCAGGGCUCCAAGUCCAAGAGGCCAAGCCGCCCAAGCCGCCCAAGCCGCCCAAGGGGCCCAAGGGGCCCAAGGUGCCCAAGGUGCCCAAGGUGCCCAAGUCAGGUGCAGGUCAACGGACUCCAAAGAAGAGCCCAAAGAGGCAAAGUCCCCGAGGACGCGAGCGGGCAUCGCCCCGUCUGGCCGCUGUGGCAUCCGGUGCCUUGUUGCACUGACCACCUUAGAGCCACGCAAGAAAUUCAGUGAGCGGCACAGGCUGUCCACAGGACUCCGAGGCUGUUGAGCUUGCCCGCGCUUUCGAGUAAACGAAGCAGUCGCUGUCCACAGAGGCAAAUGCGAUUCGAUCACCAGGAUCUGUUGCCAGAUCGAUGCCUGGACUGAAGUGGUUAUCUCUUGAAACCGGGGACUGCUUGUUUUGUCUGUUUUCUGCCUGUGCCAGGGUCUCUAAUCCAAUCCCUGGUGCUGAGUCCAUUCCUUUGUGUGUUCCAGCUAUUUGUGCGUAGAUUGGGAGCAAUCUUGCGUGGAGUACGUGUUCCCUAGGCACAUGGGAC